UCGGUAAAUUCGCCCGACAAAGUGUUCUCAUUGAAACACAUACAAUCGCAGUGCAUAUAAACGGAUCUUGGCUUUCUUUCCCCCGUCUGUAUCCCUCGAUAUGUCAAAGAUUCACAAUGAUUUCACAGCCCUGAUGGGUAUACCUACUCCUGUAGUAGCUGCGCCCAUGGCGGGUGCUAGCGGUGGCGCAUUGGCGGCCCAGACAUCUGCCGCCGGAGCAUUUGGAUUUGUCGGUGCAGGGUACCUGACCUCUUCUCGCAUUCAAGAAGAGCUAUCCUUGGCUCGCGCGCAACUUUGCCUAUCAGACACAGAUCCUCUUCCAGUCGGUGUGGGGUAUCUGGCUUGGCAACUGGAGAAAGAUCCCUCCUCUGCCGCUGGACUGCUUAACGUUUCCCUUUCGAACAGAGUCCAGGCCAUCUGGCUCGCGUUCGGCAACAGUAUAGGUCGAUGGAUCGAGCACGUCCGCUCUUAUGAUGCGAGUUCCGGGCGGAAGCAGAAAACACUGAUAUUUGUACAAGUUUCCUCAGUGAAAGAGGCUCUCACUGCCAUUCAGGACUGGAAAGUUGACGUCUUAGUAGCUCAAGGGUCAGAAUCUGGCGGUCAUGGGUAUAGCGCCGCGCCACCGCUUCUCACGCUGGUGCCUUCUAUUUUGGCAGUGUUGCCCAAAGACGGUCCCCCACUUCUUGCUGCCGGUGGACUGUCAACUGGUGGUCACGUUGCCUCUCUCCUUGCUCUUGGAGUCUCUGGCGUGGUGCUCGGCACCCGAUUUUUGAUGACGAAAGAGAGCUUCUAUAAUGAGGUGCAAAAGAAGGUGCUUGUUAUGGCCAACGCAAAUGCCACAGUGCGCACGACGGCAUUUGACCGCGCUAGAGGAACUCUGGAUUGGCCGGAAGGCGUUGAUGGUCGUGCCAUCUAUAACAAGACAGUGAAAGAUGUGGACGAUGGUGUUGACCUCGAAAUUGUUCGAGAUAAUUUUAACAGGGCAACACAGAAUAGGGAUCCCGACCAGAUGUUGGUUUGGGCAGGUACUGGCGUUGGCUUGGUCACAGAAAUUCAGACAGCACAGGCUGUUGUUCGGGAACUGCACGCGGAUAUGAUGGAACGUUUAACUUUUCUAUCAACACUCAUUGCCACCUGAUGUCAAAUCGUUUGUUUCCGUGAACCUAGGACCUUUUUCUUUCCUAUUUGGACAAGUUGUUUCGCUUGCUGCAUGUCCCUGCGAUAUUCUAAACGUGUGGGGAAAUAACCGACAGGAACACCAUUGAUUCCGGUGGUAA